AUGGCGAUUCUUGAUCGUUUAAGGACUACAAAAGCCCCAAAGGAGACGGUUAUACAUCCUAUUAAAAAUUCUAAAAACUAUCCAGCAAUAGCACGUCUACGAAAUAAGGAAGUUUCAGUUACCGGAAACAUACAAGAAGAUGAAGCUAAAUCGAAUAUAGAACUUGAGUCUUCUGAGCCAACAUUAAAUAUGGAUUUAGCAUUUAGCAAUUCACUUUUGUUAUCAGCUCCUCAGUCAUCUAUUUCCUUAAUCUUAUUUCAAAGAAAUCAAAAUGAUAGAGUAGUUGAUGCACACUCACUGGAUAGUAGGAAAAGACGAAAGAAGAAUCCGGAUUUCUUUCAUGUGAUUACUAACAUAGACAUCAAUAUAGAAACUUUGAAAAAUGCUGAGAAGAACUUCAAACAUCCGAGCCCAGAUGAUCUUGUCCACGAAGCACAAAAUAAAGCUUUUGAAUCUGACAUGAAAGAUCUCAAGAUAGCUGAUUCAGUAGCCCCAGAAAAGAUAGACAGGGUCGCACCUAGAAGAACUAAACCCUUCAAAAAAAUUAACAUUGCGGAAGAAUUGGCUUCUAACAAGUUGUACAGCAAGCCACAUAUAUCUUUUGUGGUCAUGGGGCAUGUUGAUGCUGGGAAGUCAACCUUACUUGGCAGAAUUCUUUUCGAUCUCAAAGUAGUGGAUGCUAAGACCGUAAACAAGCUAGUGAGAGAGUCAGAAAAGUCCGGUAAAGGCUCUUUCGCGCUUGCCUGGAUAAUGGAUCAAACCAGUGAUGAACGUACCCGUGGUGUUACUGUUGAUAUAUGUGCUACCACAUUUGAGACUAACAAGGUUAAAUUUACGGCAAUUGAUGCACCUGGGCAUAGGGAUUUUGUCCCUCAGACGAUUGGUGGUGUUUCGCAAGCUGAUUUGGCACUACUAGUGGUAGACUCGAUCAAUGGAGAGUUCGAAGCAGGUUUCAAUAUGGAUGGUCAAACAAAAGAACAUACUAUUUUGGCCAGAAGCUUAGGAUUGAGCCGUAUUUGUGUUGCUGUUAAUAAGAUGGAUAAAGAAAAUUGGUCAGAAAAGAGAUAUAACGAAAUAAAAAGUCACCUUACGGAAUUUUUGACUAGUGAAGAGAUCGGAUAUCAGCUAAGUCAAAUAGAGUUUAUUCCUAUUUCAGGGCUAUCAGGCGUUAAUGUUAUAAGCAACAGCAAACUGAAUAAAGAAUUUAACUGGUAUCAUGGUCCAACAUUAAUAGAAUAUCUCGAGAACCUUGAACUUCCUCUCAAGGAAUUCAACGACAGAAGAGUUCAAGAAAUUAUUAAAGAAGAAUUCAUAUUAAUGAUUAUUGAUGUGAUUGAGAUAUCAAAUUCGGAAUUCGAAGUAGCUGGCAAAAUAUUGAGUGGACAUAUUCAGCCUGGCGAAACAGUUGUUAUCCACCCAUUCUUACAGUAUUUACAAAUUCAAGCAAUAAAAAUUGAAGAUUCUGCCGUUGAAGUCGCGAUAAUUGACGACCGUGUAUCACUACGUUUUAAGAAGGAUCUGCUCAGCAUUGGGUUGCAUGAAGUAAAAGCAGGUGAUAUUGUUACUUGUUUGGAGUCAUCUAUCAAAGUAUGUCACAAGUUCAUAUGCUCGUUAUAUUUAUUCAAUAUGCCUAAACCUUUAUUGGUUGGUACUCCCUUUAUCUUGUUUAGAGGAAGUAGUUAUCAACCUGCAAGAAUAUCAAGAAUUAUAGAGGUGAAGGGUUCUAACAAAAAGAAAAGAAUGCACUUAUCGUCCAACCAGUUUGCAGUUGUGGAAAUCGAACUACAGGGACAACGACCUUUAGUGCUAGCUAAUUAUCUGGAGAAUAAGAUAUUAGGUAGAAUUGUCAUUAGGAGAGAAGGUGUUACUGUCGGUGCGGGGAAGGUAACGGAACUUGAUUCUAUCUAA